AUGAUCGCGGCCCAGGCCAAGUUGGUUUAUCAUCUGAAUAAAUACUACAAUGAAAAAUGCCAAGCCAGGAAAGCUGCCAUCGCCAAAACUAUCCGAGAAGUCUGCAAAGUAGUUUCGGAUGUGUUGAAGGAAGUGGAAGUGCAGGAACCCCGUUUCAUCAGUUCUCUCAAUGAAAUGGACAAUCGUUAUGAGGGUCUGGAGGUCAUUUCACCCACAGAAUUUGAAGUGGUGCUUUAUCUUAAUCAAAUGGGGGUCUUCAACUUUGUGGAUGAUGGUUCCCUGCCGGGAUGUGCCGUGCUCAAGUUAAGCGAUGGGCGUAAAAGGAGCAUGUCUCUUUGGGUGGAGUUCAUAACAGCCUCCGGUUACCUCUCUGCUCGGAAAAUCAGGUCCAGAUUUCAGACCCUGGUGGCUCAAGCAGUGGAUAAAUGUAGUUACAGGGAUGUGGUAAAGAUGGUGGCAGAUACCAGCGAAGUGAAACUGAGAAUAAGAGAUAGAUACGUAGUGCAGAUUACCCCAGCUUUUAAGUGCACGGGGAUCUGGCCAAGAAGUGCUGCCCACUGGCCACUUCCCCACAUCCCCUGGCCGGGACCCAACAGGGUAGCAGAGGUCAAAGCUGAAGGGUUCAACCUCUUAUCCAAGGAGUGCCACUCUCUAGCAGGCAAACAGAGUUCAGCGGAGAGUGAUGCCUGGGUCCUGCAGUUCGCAGAAGCAGAGAACAGAUUACAGAUGGGAGGUUGCAGAAAGAAAUGCCUCUCGAUUCUCAAAACCUUACGGGAUCGACACCUGGAACUGCCAGGCCAGCCCCUGAAUAAUUACCAUAUGAAGACUCUGGUUUCUUACGAGUGCGAAAAGCACCCCCGGGAAUCGGAUUGGGACGAAUCUUGCCUGGGCGAUCGCCUCAACGGAAUUUUACUGCAACUUAUAUCCUGCCUACAAUGCAGGCGGUGUCCUCACUACUUCUUACCAAACUUAGACCUCUUUCAGGGCAAACCUCAUUCAGCUCUGGAAAAUGCUGCCAAACAGACGUGGCGACUGGCUAGAGAAAUACUUACUAAUCCCAAAAGUUUGGAAAAACUUUAG